CUCGUAGAAUGUCUUAGAAAAGAAGAAAGUAAGCCUCAGGCCUCAUAUACCAGAACCGGAAGUUCAAGAAUUUACAUCUGCAAUGAAAAACCAGUCAUUAUUUGAUAUUUUUAAAUCUCGAGAAGACUCCCUGGAAGAAGAGGAAUUACCUACAACUGUAUCCGAAGUAGCCAAAGUGACUUCUAUACAAGUUGAAGCCUUCGAACUUUCAAUAAGCUCACAAAACAACAUCAACAACAACUUGCAUGAAACUCCCCACCAAACAAUUACAUUCCAAGAGGACACAAACAACAACUUACAAGAGAUUCAAGAAGAAACUCUCAAAGUUUCUAGCACUGACCCUCAAGACCUCAACGAAGCAGCCAUUAAGAUUCAGGCAACCUUUAAAGGAUAUCGAGUUCGCAAAGAAAUGUCAAACACAGCCAACAAAGAAAAACUACCAAAUACUCCCGAGGAGCAAAAUUUAGAUGUAGACCACCUCCAAACAGUUUGAAGACUAAAAAAAAGAAAACAAACAAAAAAGGUCCUUCUUUUUGGUAUAAAAUUUUAUGUUUUUAUGUUCUUCCCUAAGUCAUGUGGCUAUGAAUAUAUGCAUUUUAUUUUUUUUUUGUUUCCACCCCCCCAAAACCACACCUUGUGACUCUGUUUAACAUUUUUUAACAUUCCCAAAAAUCCGCCUAAACAUAAACGAGGAUGAUGGGUAUAGAGAGCUUAGAAAUAAAGGAACUUACUUUAUGAUCCGUA